AUGCUGCGGCCUAGAAGUUCCAUCAGUCUGACUCCACCAACUGAUCAAGCAUUCAGCAGCAGUUACUGGUGUGAAGGGACAAGAAAAGUUGCCAAACCUUUCUGUACAGGGCAGAGCAAAGGUGAUCACUGCAUCUGCUUUAAUAGCCCCCACAUCAGCAACAGCAAUGCUGUGCAGUAUAUUUGGGAAACAGGAGAUGACAAGUUAUUUAACUACAGGUUUCGUGCUGGUCUUUGGUACUCCUAUGAAGAAAUUAUAAAUGAAAAAGGUUGGAAAUGUAGAAGCUUAAUCCGUCUGACUCCAGCUACUGAUCAAGGAAUUUUGUGGCUUGCAUCAUGA